GUUAUUACAGGCUUAGAGAAUCCUAGGAAACAGAAGAAACUACAGCCUAGCAAUUGCAAGUAGGUUACCCUAGUACAAGGCAUUGCUGUAAUAGGGUGUAUUAUCCUACCCUUCCUUAUCUUUGCAGGCAAGGUCCUAAUCUCCUCCUACUUAAGCACUUUAACGCCUAUACAAAGGUGACCUCUGCUAGGGCAUAUAGGCUGCUUAUUAUUAAAAGCUAUAAGAGCCACUGCUUAAUAGAAUUCUAGGACUACUGCAAGGAGAACAAGAUUAUCACUCUCUGCAUGCCACUACACUCAUCGCACCUCCUGCAGCCUCUUGACGUUGUCCCAUACUUGCUGUUAAAGCGCCACUACGGCAACAGGAUCUCGCUCUUAGCACGCAGCCGCAUCUACUAUAUUAACAAAGAAACCUUCCUACUAGCCUUUAAAGUAGCUUUUAAGAGGAUGUUUACACUAGAGAAUGUUCGCGUAGGGUUUUAAGGCGCUAGGCUAGCCCUGCAUGACCCUAAGGUUGUGUUAUUGAAGCUUGAUGUACAGCUACGUACGCUAACGCCACCUGCACCAGGCACUGUCGCCUAGGAGGCGCAAACACC